CCCCCGUACACAGUGGCUCAUUCUUCCGGGGUUCGAACAGCGAGUCCGCUGCGUUGCUGCUGGAGAGCGACGCUCCUCCGAUGAGAACUUUGUAGUUUUAUCCGUGCUAGUGUUUACAUAGAAAACAGGCGACACGUCCGGCGGCGCCACGACACCGAGGAGGGACCCAUUGGACCGCUGCUAACGGCUAACAGUGCUACAGAGUGAGCCACGGCCGCACAAACAGGUAUGUCUGAAGUUAGUCUUGAGGGUGAAUCGGGGAGGACCUCAGCUGAGAACCCUCAGAUGGAAAGUGAAGAGACUGACAAGGCAGAGGAGAGCUUGAGUGAGGAUGUGAGACAGGAGAGCGUAGACGACAGUAGGGGAAGAGCUUGCACUGAUGAGGUGCUGUACGACAUCCCGAUUGACAGCGGUGAGGAAAAUGCAGAAAAGAGUGACGAGGACAUUCAGAAGGCGUGCGUGGUGACUCACAGGGAGGCUGAUGCUGCACAUGAGUCUGUCAGUGUAGACACGGGGGGGCACGGGACAAAUCAUCAUGGUGAAACAGCUGAGGCACCAGAGGAAAGCAGAGAUUCGGACACCGAAACAAAGGAAAGCACGAUGGCUGAGGAGUCCCAUAGAAGCUCAGCCGCUGAGAUUCCAGUCACCAGCAAUGGAGACCUGGAUCAGAGCCCAGAGACAGUAUUCCAGAGGGACCCUUACCCCGGUGGCCCUGGGGCUCUCAACCUCUCAGAGUCCUGUGUCUCCUCCAGUAACUUUGCUUCAACAACAGAGGGCAUCAUUGAAUCAGGACCAUACAAAGGGUCAGCAAGCCUGCCCACGUCUCCCGUGGCACUUGUAGCUCCCAGCUCGGCUGUUGCCGGGCGCCUGGCGCGCUCUUCCAGCGAUAGUCAGGCUGAGCAAGGCGCAAUGAAUGCACAGCCAAACGUUGGAGCCCUGGUCCUUUCAGAUGACUUAAAGAACCCAGCCAUGGAAAAACUGGACCUAGUGAGAAAGUGGAGCAUCAACACUUAUAAAUGUACCAGGCAGAUCCUGUCAGAGAAGUUGGGUCGGGGCUCGAGGACCGUCGACCUGGAGCUGGAGGCUCAGAUUGAAGUCCUUCGUGACAACAAGAGAAAGUACCAGAAUGUGAUAAGGCUGGCUCAGACGCUGGCCAAUCAGCUGUCCCAGAUAAUGCAGACCCAGAGGCAGCUGGGCGACGCCUUCGCUGACCUCAGCCUCAAGUCUCCAGAACUCCAUGAGGAGUUUGGUUUCAAUGCUGAAACCCAAAAGCUUUUGUCCAAAAAUGGAGAGAACCUGCUGGGUGCCAUCACCUUCUUCAUCGCCAGUGUGAACACACUCGUGGACAAAACAAUCGACGACACCAUGAUUACUAUCAAACAGUAUGAAGUAGCCAGAGUUGAGUACGACGCGUACCGCACAGAUUUGGAGGAGCUGAAUUUGGGGCCCCGUGAUGCCAUCACAAUGCCCAAGAUCGAGCUGUCGCAGCAGCAGUUCCAGCUCCACCGUGAGAAGUACGAGAGGAUGCGAGAGGAUGUCGCCGUCAAGCUUAAGUUCCUGGAAGAGAACAAGGUGAAGGUAUUGCACAACCAGCUCAUCUUGUUCCACAAUGCCAUAGCUGCAUACUACGCUGGAAACCAACAGCAGCUGGAACAGACACUCAAGCAGUUCCACAUCAAGUUGAAAAUGCCAGGUGGGGACAGUCCAUCUUGGCUGGAAGAGCACUAAUCACUCCUUUCAAAGCCACAGUGGCUCAGAAUGGGGUUUUGACAGGAAAUGUCAAGUUGUACAAAGCAAACGACAGGAGACCCUCUUCUACAACUACAACUCUACAGCUGUCUUUUGAAAUCUCUGAAUUGUAAAUCUUUUAACAAAACAAAAAAAAAUUACACAAUCUGUUUUACUCUUGUUCUUAAACAAUUCUUCUCAGCUGUACAUGUUUUUCAAAUCAUAGGAAAUGCACUUUUAUACUGUUUGACUAACAAAAAUGCGUUGAACAGGAGUUGCUGCAGUAAACACAUCCGGAAACUGUUCAUUGUCUUUUGUAUUCCAGCUUAUGAAUGUUGUGUCCCAGCACGGCAGACAUGCUGGUUCUGUACGGGCAGCUACAAGAUUAACAUCGUCUGCCCGUUAUAUUCACAUUAUCAACAUCCCUCUCACCAGCAGACUGAGAUGAGGAUGCAUGCUUUACCAAGGAAGAUUACCUACUCUCGACGUUAGAUUUUCCUUGACACAUGUUGUGAUAAAUGGGGGGGGAAAUGCAUUCAGAAGUCUGGAUCAUGCAAAUGCAAACUGAUCAUCUUUACAAGCAAACACAGAAUAAAGUGAUAGUUUGACAUUUUGGGGAAAUAUGCCUAUUCUCUUUCUUCUGCGUAGAAUCAACAGCAUCUCAUGCUCGUCAUUGAAAGGUUCAGUGUGUAAGAUUUAGGUGAAAGGGAUCUAUUGGUAAAAUUAUCCAAGUGAUGUUUUCCCUUGUGCGUUUCAUCUAAAUUGUACAAUUGUUUUCUUUACUCUAGAAUGGAGCCUUUAUAUUUAAAUACUUUAUAUUUACAUCAGGGUCCUCUCUACAGAGGCCGCCAUGUUUUUUUACAGUAGUCCAAACAGGACAAACUAAACACCUUUUUUUUGAGUUUUUAACAACUGAAGGCUACCACAGGUUCUCCUCCAUGUUUGGAAGGGAAGGGUGAGGUCAGGGGUGUUCAGCUGCAACAUGCAACACCACCACUAGAUGUCACUUAAGUCUACACACUGAACCUUUAAUGAAAGCCAGCCCCUGGUUUGUUAGGAUUAGCUUAGCAUAAAGAAUGAAAACAGCUAUUCUGACUCUGUCCCAAGGUUAAAAAACAUCUCCCUACCCUCUAACUGACACUAAUACAAAAACCAAAGUGUGUAAAAAAAACAAGUUGUGGUUUUAUGUGGGGCAGGGGGUUGUACCUUAGGACAGAGGCGGGCAAACAGUUUCCCUGUUUCCAGUCUUCAUGCUAAGCUAAGCUAACAGACAGAGUUAUGGACUAAGAUUUAGAAAUUUCCCAAAUUGUCAAACUCUUGCUUUUAAAUUAAGAUUUAAAAGUUUGGCCGUUAAAUAAUAAAUGUAACUUGUUAUAUGAUCAUGAGCCUCUUCAUACAUGGCAUUAACAUGUGUCACAGGAAAAAAAGGUCCAAUGCACCCAAGUGAUGUAUUGACAACCGAUGGUUCAGAUGAAUUAGGGGUGGGAUGGGACGCGUUCAGGGACUGUUUUCUAAAUUGUGCAUUGUAAUUCUUUCAUGUUUUGGCAGACUAGACAUUGGGAGUGAAAUGCUGCCCCCCGUGGUUAAAAACAGGAACAAAUUCAGUCUUUGCGAACAGAAGUGACUUGUAUAUAGAGUGGAGACAUGUUGUCACAAAUUCCCUAUUUUCAUACGACUGAACUAGUGUGUUGAAUCUCCUCAAUUCCUUAGAAAGUGGAGAACCAGCCUUACGUGAGGAAACGUGCCUUGAAUUCAUGGAUUAGUUCCGCUCCUCUCCUUCAUGCUAACUCGUAAACAGGCACCGUCACUACCAGUUUUCAGGACCAACUCUCGAUGGAAGAGAAUGGACCAAACAUACACUCCAAUGAUAUAUUUAAAGCCUAUAUCACAUCAAAACACUCCAUAUGAAAAAUAAAUGAUAGCUGUGUUUUGUUUUUAAUAGGAAACGCUCCAUUAACUGUAGAAAGUCAGAAUCUAUUUGAUGAAAUGCUGUUUCUUAAGUCAUUCAUCCGUAUUGGGCACAUGCACAUUUAUACAUUUAAGACUAAUUACAACAAAAACUUGUAAGAACUGUUUGAUAUGUAAGGUGUGAACCAAAUUACAAAUAACCUGUAAACUUUAAAAGACCAGCAUCCUUUGCCUGUGCUGCUGACGGUUUCCUUCAUUGGGCUUUAUAAAAGUAUAUUUUUCAAAGGGGACAUCAUAUCCUCACUUUGUUGAUUUGUACUUUUACUACGGCUCACUGUAGCAGUGUGAGAGUGUGAACUUUGGAAAAAAAAUCUCUUGUUUCCUGGAAAUAGGUGGAUAUAUAUAUAUAUAUAUAUUUGUAAUUUUCUCUAUUUUUCCUUGAGUGUGUAGUCAUUGACCAAUGCAGCCGUUUGUUCUUUGUUUCUUUCUUUUUCUUCCUGAAGACCCACAGAAUGAUCCACUUGUACUGUUGUGUACUUUUGGAUCUCUACCUUUGUAAUAAUGAAACAUUAACAAUUGGAAAGUUUAAAAAGAUUCAGAAUGAGGUGUAACUUUGGGGAAAAUAAAGAGUUUCUUUUCUUCAA